UCAAAAGGCCUUGUCUUACGGAUUGCUGGAAGUUUGGCAAGGACGUUUGGCAACGCGAACUCGCUGACUCACAGAUGAAGGCAGCCGCGAUUUGGAGGAAUUUAGAAGGUCUCCCAUUUCGAAGCUGUUUAGAAUUAAACUGGAAAAUCUCGUUUGGCGGUGUGAAUCGAAUGUGUCCAUCUUUUCUCACUUUGAUUUGAGGUGUUUUUUUUUUUGUAUUGCUUUUCCUCUGUCGAAAAUUAACUUUUAUUGUGGGUGAGUGUACUGCAAAGGUAUCGCUGCAUGGAAUAUCUUUUGACCACUUCACGCUGUUUUUUUAUCUAAGGAAUUCUCUGACGCAUUUUCUGGGUGUCCAAGCGGCCGAGUGAGUCAUUCGGAACGUUCUUAUUUUUCUAAUACUGGAUCUAGACGGAGAUUGGGACUAUACAUGUCGAACAAUUCAAAAUUUCGCAUCCUCCAGAAUGUCUGGGGGCGUGGAAGUUCAACUUCCAAGCAACACCAUCCUAUCCGACCACCAUCACAAUCGCCGGCGACCACAGAUGCUCUAUCUACCUACCUCUCGUGCCCCGAACCGGCGCCGCCCUAGCAAAACCAGCCACCCACCUCUACAGCUGGUUUCUCCUUCUGAACUGGACAAUGCCCUGAGAAAGGGCUCAACUUCACCUUUGGUUCUAGAUUGUCGUCCGACCUUUGCCUUUGGCCGCGGCCAUGUGAACGGGGCGGUUUCACUGCGCUGUUCGGACCGCAUCAGCAGGAGGAGGCUGCAGAUGGGGCGGCUGGGGCUCUGCGAUCUUAUCUCCGACCAGGAUGCCAAAGAGAGGUUGCAGACCUGCAGAGGAGAAGAGGUGGUUGUUUACGACGAUGGGACGUCCGAGGCUGACCAAGUGACCGAGGACCAUCCUCUGUCACCUGUUAUAGCAUCCAUCAGAGAACUUGGAGCCAGGCCUGUGCUACUGAAAGGCGGAUGGAGAGAAUUUUCCAGAAGUCAGAGUGAUUCCUGUCUGUCCCUCCCUUCACCUGGAGAAGAAUGCCCGUCUCCCAAGGAGCUCGUCUCUGAAAUGGAUAGCCUGUCGGCCACCCCUAUUCUCCCCUUCCUAUACGUGGGCAAUGCUAAAGACGCCGAAGACACGAGCGGUCUGAAAGAACUGGGCAUCGAGUACGUCCUCAACGUCACCAGUCACGUCCCGGGCUACUGCGAAGAUCAAGAAUUCACGUUCCUCAGACUGCCGGCAACAGACUCCUACCAGCAAAACAUUAAGCAGUAUUUCGGCAAGGCCUUUGCAUUUAUUGACGAGGCUCGCAAACGGAACAGUGCCGUCUUAGUCCACUGCCAAGCCGGUAUCUCUCGUUCCGCCACCAUCGCCAUCGGCUACCUCAUGUAUAAAGACAACCUGUCCUCCAUGGAGGCCUACGAGAUGGUGAAGAGCAAGAGACCCAUCAUUUCGCCCAACCUGCAUUUCAUGGGCCAGCUCUGGGAAUUGGAACAGGUGCUGAGGAAUAAUCAGGACUGCAGCAUCAGCUGAGAGGCUUCAUUCGCCACGGUAGUCUUCGCGCGUGCGAAGGUUGCUCGCUGGACUUUUCCUGCUGGUUUCAAAAAUAAAUCUUUGACUUGGUUCUGAAAUGGUCUUGUGAUCCCACUGGGAAUCAACAAAGCGCUCUUCGUUGCAUUUAUUGCUGGAUGGAGACAUUUCUUUGAAUGUCUUGCAUCCAACAAAUUUUAAAAAAUAACUGAAUUAAAUUUGAAAAGCUGGGAGUCUUUUUAUCUUUACCAAGAUAAUUGAAGAGUUUUUAUGUACAUGAAAUUUUUAGCAAACGACACUCUAAUGUAACAUUAAAAAAUGACUCUGUAAUUGUUCUAGUUAGCUAUUGAUGUAAUUAUAU